GCAUAGUAUAGGUAUAGAUAGGAUACGUUAAAAUUGUUUGAUCGAUAUAGACUAUCAGUUAUAAUCUCGAAUUUUUAUUCUUUAACUGUUUGUUGAAUAUUUGAACAAAAUAAUAAUUCUAAAAUGUGUAAAAUUUGAAGAAAAUUAUAUUAAAACAAUAUUGAAAACAAAUAAAGGAAGAUAACGAAUGAAGUUUAAGUAAAGCAAAAUAUUCAAUUUGACGCAUACUUCACUUAAUGAUUAAUCAUCUAAUUGAGUUUAUAUUGAAAUAAUUAUAAAAAAAUGCCUGUUAUAAUUAUUAAAGAUUAUACAUGGCGAGAUACUGCAGAUUCUGUUAUAGUUUACGUUCCAUUUAAAAGUCGUCCUAAAAAGAUCGAUUUUUUGGUGAUCGAUAAUUAUUUAAAGGCUAGUUGUCCACCAUUUUUAUUAGAACUAUUUCUUUGGGCAAAUAUUAUCGAGGAAGAAAGUACAUGUACACUGGAUGAUAAUAAAGUUAUAUUUUCUUUAAGAAAAGCUAAUAUUUCUCUAAAAUGGCCUCAACUUGAAUUAGAUGAUCUUGAUAAAAAUACUAAAAAGAAUUACCGUAAUUGUGCGAUUGAACGUAUUCAAAAAGUUACAGAAGAACGACAGAAAGCUCAAAGCGAGAAGCGACAAUAUUUGAAAAAGGAAGCAGUGAGAGCGCAAAUAGAUUUAGAUACAGCAGUUUUGAAUAAAAUAAAUGCCAUGAGGGAUUCCUAUAGAAGAGAAGCUAUGGAAGCGUUAGAAGAUUGGAGAUCUAAAACCGAGAUACCGAUUUUAAAAAAUGAACAAGGAAAAAUUGAAAAAAAUCGUAAAGCGUACAAGCCACCGUUAAAAUGGUUUAAGGAUGAUGUUACCGGUACGGUGAAGAACAGGCCAAUGACCGAUGAAGAAAUUUUCGUUAAUGACACGAAGGGUUGCAGCAAAGGUAGAAAUGAUAGGGAAUUAGAUUGGAAUGAAUCCAAAGUAAAGGAAGCAUCGUUUCAUGAAUCUGAAUUUCCAAGAAAAGAAGAUGGAUCAGUCCAAUGUAACGCAAAGGAAAAUGAUCUAACGACGAAUAAGCAUAAAUUAAAUAUUACCGAGGAAAUAAAUAUUUCGACGGAUAGCGAAUCGGAUUCCGAUCGUAACUCGUAUGAUAAAUCAAUUAAUGGCAACAUCUUACGUAAGUCAUCGUUUACUUCUACGAAAAGUAUUCGUAGUUGUAGGAAAGAAUUAAUCGAUAGAAUAUUGACAAGUGGAAAACCACAAAGGAUGAACCAAAUAUUCGACGAACCUAAUAAAGCCGUACCAUUACCAAGAAAAAAUGCUACUAUUAAUAUUAAAUUUUCCGAACGUACAUUUCCAACUCCGGCAAGAGAAAGUCAUUUGAUAGAAGAACAAGAAUGGUUGGAGAAACAAGCAGAAGCAAGAAGAAAAACUGGUUUUGUAGCUGAAGAUCUGAGACCAGAGGAAAGAGACCCGCAAUGGUUAAAAGAUAAGGGAGACGAAUUCUUCAAGGCAGGAAAUUAUUUAGGUGCUAUCAGUGCUUAUUCUCUUGGUAUAAAAAUUAGCGAUAAAAUGGCGUCAUUAUAUGUUAAUAGAUCUGCGGCUCAUUAUGCACUUGAGAAUUAUUAUAGAUGUACCGAAGAUUGUAGCAAAGCAUUAGAACUCAUGGAACCAAAAUGCGAAAGUAAUCGGGAGUCAAGAGCCAGGUGUCACGCACGCCGAGGUGCAGCUCUUUGUAAAUUAUCUGCGCCUCAACACGGCAUUCCUGAAUUGGAAGCGGCAAUAAAAUUGACACCGGAUAAUGAAAGUAUCAAACGUGAUCUAUUAAAUGCUAAACAAUAUUUUAAUAUCAAAGAUUAGAUAAGAUAAUUAAAACUGCUGCAACGCGAAAAGGAUUAUAAUAAAUUUAAGUAACUGGUAAUAUCGAAAAGUUAUUAUUUUUAUAUAAGAUUCAGAUCUUAAUAGAUAAAAAUAUCACAGGUGCAUAUACCAUGCAUGUAUUAAUAAACAAUGAAGAGCUAGCUGCAAAUACAUAGUAAUAUAAAAAUAUAAAUAUAUAUAAUAUAUUAUAAUAUGUAAGUAAAAACAAUCAAAUUAUGUUUUUUUAAUUCAUUGGAAAUACAAAUGAUUGAUUAUUAUAAU